CACCGGCCGGGCCCGUGUCAGAGGCGGCGGGGGCUCCGGCGCCGGGCCGCUCCUGCCCGUGGCCCGUUGGGGGUGAAGUCCCGUGCCGGGGCGGGGCAGGCCCCUGCCGCCCCAGUUCCUGGUUCUAUAAGCGGUGCCCGGGGCUGGUGGCGCCACAGGCGCGGGCACCGCCGGCGGCGCACGAUGGGCCGGCGCAGCGCGGCGAGCCUGCACCCAGGCCCCGGGCCGCGGCGGCCGCUCCUCCCCGCCGUCCACGCGCUGGGACUGCUGCUGCUGCUGCUGCUGCUGCCGCCGCCGGGCUCGGGCAGAGGGGCCGGCCGGCCGCCCCACCUCGUCUUCGUGCUGGCGGACGACCUGGGCUGGAACGACGUGGGCUUCCACGGCUCUGACAUCCGCACGCCGCACCUGGACGCACUGGCGGGCGGCGGGGUGCUGCUGGACAACUACUACACGCAGCCGCUGUGCACGCCAUCGCGGAGCCAGCUGCUCACCGGCCGCUACCAGAUCCACACAGGUUUACAGCAUCAGAUUAUCUGGCCCUGCCAGCCCAGCUGCGUUCCUCUGGAUGAAAAACUCCUGCCCCAGCUUCUAAAAGAAGCAGGCUACACCACCCAUAUGGUCGGAAAAUGGCACCUGGGAAUGUACCGGAAAGAAUGUCUUCCAACCCGCCGAGGGUUUGAUACCUACUUUGGAUAUCUCCUAGGUAGUGAAGAUUACUAUUCCCAUGAGCGCUGUACGUUAAUCAAUGCUCUGAAUGUUACACGAUGUGCUCUUGAUUUUCGAGAUGGUGAAGAGGUUGCAACUGGAUACAAAAAUAUGUAUUCAACAAACGUAUUUACUGAAAGGGCUGCAGCCCUCAUAACUAACCAUCCACCAGAGAAGCCUCUCUUUCUCUACCUUGCUCUCCAGUCUGUCCACGAGCCCCUUCAGGUCCCCGAGGAAUACCUGAAGCCCUACGACUUUAUCCAAGAUAAGAAUAGGCAUUACUAUGCAGGAAUGGUGUCCCUUAUGGACGAAGCGGUGGGAAAUGUCACUGCAGCCUUAAAAAGCCACGGGCUUUGGAACAACACGGUGUUCAUCUUCUCCACAGAUAACGGAGGGCAGACUUUGGCGGGGGGCAAUAACUGGCCCCUGCGAGGAAGAAAGUGGAGCCUGUGGGAAGGAGGCGUGCGCGGCGUGGGCUUCGUGGCCAGCCCCUUGCUGAAACAGAAGGGCGUGAAGAAUCGGGAGCUCAUCCACAUUUCCGACUGGCUGCCCACCCUGGUGAGGCUGGCCGGGGGCAGCACCAAGGGCACCAAGCCUCUGGAUGGCUUCGAUGUGUGGAAAACCAUCAGUGAAGGAAGCCCAUCCCCCAGAAUGGAGCUGCUGCAUAAUAUCGACCCAAACUUUGUAGACAUUUCGCCGUGUCCUGGGAACAGCAUGGCUCCAGCAAAGGAUGGUUCUUCUCUUCCAGAACAUUCAGCCUUCAACACAUCUGUCCAUGCUGCAAUUAGACACAGGAACUGGAAACUCCUCACGGGCCACCCAGGCUGUGGUUACUGGUUUCCUCCACCGUCUCAAUACAAUGUUUCUGAGAUAUCCUCACCGGACCCACCGACCAAGACCUUUUGGCUCUUUGAUAUUGAUCAGGACCCCGAGGAAAGGCACGACCUGUCAAGGGAAUACCCACACAUCGUCAGGCAGCUCCUCUCCCGCCUGCAGUUCUACCAGAAACACUCAGUGCCUGUGUACUUCCCGGCGCAAGAUCCCCGCUGUGACCCCAAGGCCACUGGGGCUUGGGGCCCUUGGAUGUAGGAUUCCAGGCAGCCCGGCAGGGGAUGGGGGUGGGCAGUGGUGGCUAGAUAUUCCUUCUGUUGCAGGUUGGACUUCAGGACUUUACUGUGUGACUUGUCUCAUCUGUUCUCUCAUCCUGGGCUCACCUGGCCCUUGUCUGGCUCCUAAACCACAUGUAGGUGUCUCAUUUCAACCCCUAGUACAUUUGAGAAGCUGAUAAAAUCUGAACACUUCUGCUUUUGGCUGGGGCAUGUGUCCAGAGGAGGAGAGGGUGACUGGGUUCAUCCUCUUUCUCCUGAACUGUGGGACCGCUAGGAACUCGAAUUGCAAUAGGAAGUUCUCGAGUCCUGGAGGCCGGAGCAGCUGGCUCUUUUCGCCUCACAAGUCAGAUGUUGGAUACCCCUCUGCCGAUAGCUGGGUUUUAUUAGGGUGACUCAUGUUUCUUGUAACAAAUGAAAGGAACAGACAGUUGUUAAUGGCUCUGCUGGCCAGAGGUUCUCCCUGGCUGGGAGAGAUCAUGUUCGGGCAUUCCAUGCGAAGAACUCGCCUUGGUUCGCCCCUCGCUCACACAUCUCACCACUCACCUCGUCCCUCAUCCCGUCAUAGAGCAUAAGGCUCGUUUCGUUGUUGAGACUGGCGUGGCAAUAUGCCUGCUCCUUGUUUUCACUUUUACAAUAGAGGAAUGUGUUUUUACCCCCAGGUUUUUUCCCAGCCAUUGCUCAUUUUGUCUGGACUGCCUGCAACCCCCAACCCCCUUUAUGGUUGUUUUUCUACCCUUUCUUCUGACCUGGGAGUCCCAUGCCUGGGAAGGCAGCUUUGCUUCUCCACUUUGGGCACCACUGGUUUCUGGAACUCUGCUGAGGCCUGCCUUCCGUUUGCCCCUGACACUGAAGCUAGAGCACUACCCAGAGAGGGAGGUGCAUCUGGCUCUGUGAGCACCCUCUCAGCAGACGCCCAGAGGGCUGGGUGGGCGGGGCUUGGUCUGUGUCAUCUGUUUGCUGGCAUUUUUCCUCAUUGCAUGGAGUUUAUUCUCAUGAUCGUGGCUGUCUCAUUAGAUACCCAGUUGCACUGCUGUUACCUCGCAGUGAGGAGAAACCUGGGGAAGGGAUAACCUUGUCCUGAGAUGAUGUAAGUGGGCAGUUUGAAAAAGGAAAUGGCUGGCAUCUGGGAUCCUGGGCCUUAAUGCAGAAGAGGCGCAUCCACGUUUCUCACAUUCUCUCAGCUUGACUGCUUGUGCUGAGGUUCUGAGGCUGGGGAAACAGGAUGCACAGUUUGACCUGCCAGCUCUUUCUCAGUCCCACCAGUGUCCUAACAAGGACCAGUCCAAAUUAGCGCCAGAGAGUGUCAAACUCAGAGAUGUAUUCCAAAAAUUAUCUUCUUUUUUACAUUAGCUCCACAGCUUCAUUCGCUGCUGAUCACCAGUGCCUGGCACACAGAGGGUACUGAAUACACUUUAAAAAAAAAAUGAAUGAAUGAAUGAACAAAUGAGUCAAUGAGAAAGUCUCACACCAUGAAAGGUGCCAGUCCAGUGAGCUGCAUGCAGGGCUGAAUAUAAAUAUCUUCCAUCCAUGGCUUUUGUGUUCUCAAGCUGCCCAUCUGAGGCAGGAGCCCAGUUUCCUUUUCUGGGCAGUCUGGGACAUGCCUUGGUCAAGUUGUAACAUCCUCUGUUUCCCCUUCUCUGGAGGGAAAUAUGCCUUCUAAUGGUACCCUUUUGCCAAUAAUCCUCAGUUCUGUUCUUCAGAGGACACUAGAAACUAAAACCACCAAGUAAUGAGAUAGAGGUCACAGUACAGCCAUCCUUCAGUUCAGGAGCAAUAAUCUCUGGUGACGACUAACUUGUGUUAAAAUACAACGAAUGGAAGGAAAUGGUGCUAGAACUAAUGACACCUGUCACUAACCUGUCCUCGGCUCCUAGGUUGGCAUACAGCUGGCCAAAAUGCUAUUACCUCUCACUCCCAAGCCUGUGGCUAUGAACUAACUGAGCCCAGAUGUUCCUUCUGGAUCCGUCUAACCCCAGAGCCGCAGGUACCACUAAUACUGUAAGAUUGGAAGCCAUCACUACAUGACACCUGUUUGCUCCCCCUGCUGUUCUCCCAGCAGCCGUUCCCAAUUCUUGUUCCUUGACUGCUGUGUACAUAUGUGGAUGUUCUGCACUCCAUGACUUUAAAAGGAAUUUUAAAGACUGAUUUUUUGGUAAACCUUUGAUUGGAGAUUUUGUAUUAGCUGUAAGAGAAUGCAUCUCAUUAGAUUUUCUUAUUCUGUACAAGAAUGUGAACAGAUUCAUAUCUUGUCAUUAGAAGUAUAAAUGGUGUUUCUUUCUGAAUUCGUUUACCUUUAAAGAAGGGUUUUAUUUUAUUGUUUUUCUUUGUCACUUCAUGCCUAUUCCAGAUUUGGGGGGCAAAAAAAUAAUCUUUUAAAGUGCAUCGGCUGUGAGUAUGGGGUUUGCAUGUGGGAGAUGAAAAUGUUCUGGAAGUAGCUAGUGGUGAUGGUUGCACAACGUCAUGAACACACUUAAUGCCUCUGAAUUGUACACUUUAGAAUGAUUAGAAUGGUGAAAACGAUCAAUUUUAAGUUAUGUAGAUUUUACCACAAUUUUUACAUGUGGCCCAUUUUAUGGUAUGUGAAUUACAACUCAGUAAAGCUAUUAGAUAAAUAAAUAUAGCAAACAA